AAUUAUUCAAUACAGCAAUUGAAUUCACUCAGUGCAAAGUGCAAUGUAACUAAUCUCUUCUCUCCCUCACAUAACUAACCAACUAACUGAAAAUCAAAAAGCAAAAAACCACGUCGAUUACAUGAAAGCCCAGAGAGAUAUUCUCACCAAAGUCCUUCACCCUUUCAUCGUUAAGCUCCGUUACUCUUUCCAUACCAAAUCUAAGUUGUAUUUGGUGUUGGACUUCAUUAAUGGGGGGCAUCUCUUCUUUCAAUUAUAUCGCCAGGGUAUCUUCAGUGAUGAUCAGACAAGGCUUUACACUGCUGAGAUAGUAUCUGCUGUUUCACCCCUUCACAAAAAUGGCAUCGUGCAUCGAGAUCUUAAGCCCGAAAACAUUCUUAUGGAUGCUGAUGGGCAUGUCAUGCUAAUUGAUUUUGGACUGUCAAAAGAGAUUGAUGAAUUGGGAAGAUCUAACUGUUUUUGUGGGACUGUAGAAUACAUGGCUCCAGAAAUCCUACUGGCUAAAGGCCAUAAUAAGGAUGCAGAUUGGUGGAGUGUUGGUAUUCUGUUGUAUGAAAUGCUAACAGGGAAGGCACCAAAACACAAUAACAGAAAGAAACUUCAGGAGAAAAUUAUUAAAGAGAAAGUAAAACUUCCACCAUUCCUUACCAGUGAAGCUCACUCUUUGCUCAACGGAUUGCUACAAAAGGAUCCAUCGACAAGGUUAGGCAAUGGGCCAAAUGGAGAUGAUCAGAUCAAAAGUCAUAAAUGGUUUAGGUCAAUCAAUUGGAAAAAAUUGGAGGCAAGAGAACUGGAACCAAAUUUCAAACCAGACGUGUCUGCAAAAGAUUGUACAGCUAAUUUUGACCAAUGUUGGACAGCAAUGCCUGUUGAUGACUCGCCGGCACCCACGCCUACAGCAGGUGACCAUUUCCAGGGCCUUGGCUUUCAUCUAGCAACCCAAAUCUUCUGAUUGUAAGCUUUCUUAGCUUGUAAGUAACCCAAAGCUUCUCUCACAAAGGUGCCACCCAAUCUGUUUUUCAGAGUUAACUCUUAAAUGUAAAUUGUAAAGGCAAAUUGCACAAAACAGAGAAUGUUUAGUGGCUCUGAUAUGGCCUUUCAUGUUUAUGCAGCUUGGUUUAGUUCUUGUCUUAAAGGAAAAAGAUUUGAAUUGCUUUGCCUUCCAUUCAGGUCAACAUUAA